CUGCUGUCCUUGCUUGUUGUGCGCAUGCGUGUCUGUCUGUUCGUCUCGGCACUGGGUAAAUGGCGGAACGAUGGAUCUUCACCAAAGAACAACUUCAAAAUACCCCAAGCCGAAAAGGCGGAAUAGACUACGCAAAAGAACUCGCCUAUAGGCAGCAGGCGGCCAACUUGAUUCAGGACAUGGGCCAAAGACUGCAAGUUAAUCAGCUGUGUAUCAACACAGCCAUAGUCUACAUGCACAGAUUCUACAUGUUCCAGAGCUUCCACAGAUUCCACAGAAAUGUGAUUGCUCCAGCGUGUCUUUUUCUGGCUGCCAAGGUGGAGGAACAGCUUCGGAAGUUGGAACAUGUCAUCAAGGUUGCACGGACGUGUCUCAACAGAGAAGCUCCUCCCCUGGAUACGAAGAGUGAAGCAUAUUUAGAGCAGGCCCAGGAGUUGGUUGUCAAUGAGAAUAUUCUACUUCAGAGCUUAGGGUUUGAUAUUCAAGUGGAUCAUCCGCACACUCACGUGGUGAAAACGUGUCAGUUAGUCCGAGCCAGCAAGGACCUCGCUCAGACCUCCUACUUUCUGGCAACCAACAGUCUCCAUCUAACCACCAUGUGUCUCCAGUACAAACCGACUAUAGUCGCAUGUGUCUGUAUCCACCUGGCCAGCAAGUGGUCAGAGUAUGAGAUUGCGGUGUCUCAUGAGGGCAAACAGUGGUACUCCUAUGUGGACAGGACAGUCACACCAGAGUUGCUACAGGGCCUAACACAGGAAUUUCUGAAUAUACUUGACACAUGUCCCUUAAAACUGAAAAGGAAGAUCCUUACAUGGAAGAGUGGCAAUCGAGGGGAGGAAGAUGGUGGCCCUCCCCCAGAAAAGCGACACAGGGGUGAGAGCAGUUCUAGUGUUGGUGGAAGCUGUGCAAGCUUCACUCCUUCAAAUAUGUCUACAGUGCCGGAAAAACAUGGCGGUGAAGCUUCUAGAUCUGAAAGGAAAAAUGAAAGCUUGAGUAAAGUGUACAGAUCUGACACAAUGCCAUUGGCUCACACAGAGACAUCCAAACAUCUGCAGGAGGAAGACCUGCCGCCUCCUUCUCGGAGACACACACAGUCCACUCCAGUCAGGAAGUCUGCAUCAGAAACUAGUGUAGGUUCCAGUAAAUCCCUAGCGCAAGUCCCCUCUUUGCCUCAGUCCUCCUCAUCUGCUGAUUCAUUAGAUGGUCAGAAAAAGGUUCUGGACACACAACAGAAAGCAAUGUCAAUUAAAGACUAUAAAACAUAUCGUGAACACAAGGAUAAGCAAGCUGCCGCUGCUGCUGCAGCAGCUGCCCAACAUGAAGGUGAACGAAAACCUCACUCCGCGUCUUCAGGCACAGAGUCUCACAGAAAACAUAAGCAUCAGCACGGGUCAUCCAGUUCAGGGGAUGAGAAGAAAAGCAGGAACAGGGAACACGAAAGAAAAUAUGGUCAUCGUAUGGAGGAGAGUGGCAGGCAAACUGAUGAUCAUCUCAAAGUUCAUAUUAGGAAAGAUCGAGCUGAAGACUCCUUUAGGAGUGGCAGGCCUUCAGAUGAUCAUCUUAAAGUUCAUAUAAGGAAAGAUCGAAUCGAUGAUUCCGCCAAGAGACAAUCUGAUGAUCAUCUUAGAGUUCACAUUAAGAAAGAGCGAACAGAUGAUUCUGUUAGGAGUGGCAGGCAAACUGAUGAUUCACUCAAAGUUCAUAUAAAAAAGGAGAAAGUGGAAGAUUCCUUUAAAGUUCACAUCAGAAAAGAGUCUGGUACUCAUAAGAUUAAACCAACUGGUUCGCCCCUUAAACUUACAAUCAAAACUUUACAAAAUGAAUCCAGUCCAUCAAAAUCUCAAGAUAUGUCUUCUGAAUACCGACAAGACUCUUUAAAAAUGAAGCUCUCUCUGAAACCUGGUCAGGCAUCAGGUCAUGGUGAGAGAUCUUCCAAACAUCGGCGUAGUGAAGGCUAUAGUUCACACUCCACUGGAGCCAAUCCUGAUAUGCAUGGUGUCCAGACCAGCAGGCAUAGCUACUCUGCCUCCCAAAGUUCUGCAUCAGGAGUAGAUGGUAAUGGCAUCCAUGAUCCAAGCCACUCAAACAGUAGACAUUCAAACUCUCAUCAUAAAGGUGCUGAGCACCAAUCCAGAGCAGGGCAUGAUGGGAAACUUCAGCAGUCAGUAGGUCGUCAGGCUAACCUGUCGAACCUGGCCUUCACUGCAGAGAGAGGACCUUCUGGUAGCAUCUUCUCUCCGCCCCCUGUUCACCAAAACUUUGAAGCCAAUUUAUUUAAUACGGGUGCUAUGCUGUUGUCUCAGACGGCUUCUGGCAGUCAUAGAGGAAGCACAAAUGUGAGUACAGCUGGCUAUGGGGGAUACCCUCAACAGACUAACAUGAGCUCAAAUUUCAGUGACUCUUUUUCAGGUUUCAUGCCUGAAAUGUUCCUAGGAGAUAGUGGCCAAUCAGUGCAUGGCCUGGAGACGAAUGGUGGUGGGAUGAACCCACAGGCUUUGACCAUGCACACAAAGGAGAGCCUUCAGCAGCUCCAGACCAACAUGCAGCAGCUGAUUGGCCACACCAAGUCUCAGAUAGCACAGCAGCGGCUGCAACAGCAGCAGCACAGUCAGGCUGCGCAGUAUGGCAUGCCUGGAUUUAUGAGCAUGCAGGGAUACCAGACAAACCCCCCUCUCCCCAUGGUACCUCCUCCACCCCCUCCCCCACCUGAAGACCCUCCACAACCCCCACCCCCACCACCAUCAAAUUGACAGUGGCAAAAGUUAGGGCAAUUAAGUAAAUUUCAUUUAAUAUAUUAUAUUAAUUUUCUGCCACAUUUUUGAUGAGAUGCUGAGUGCAUUAACUGUGUUCUAUAUACAUAAUUUUUUAUGUAAAGAAAAUUGUAUAAUAAAGUCUUUCAAAAAUAGUUUGUUUCAAGUGGUUUUCCAAUGCACUAUCAGGGAAUGUGAGUAAAGAUAGAAUGGAAUUAUGUAAUAUUGGAAAGUAGCUGCCUGAUGGUACUGGUAAAAUGUUCUGCAUCUUAGAUUGGACUAUUAUGUGGGCUUUGAAUGGAAAAGUGAAGGUUACCAAAAUACGUUUCAGGUUUGUCUCCCUGGAAAUGAAAAUUACAAAAACUGCCUCGCAUCAUUCUCACCUGCAUUGUGUGGUAUAAGUUUUGUAAAGACAUUUUCAUCAGCUCUUGGUAUUGCCUACCCCCAACAGUGAGAUUGCUUGAAUAUUGAGUGGAUUAUAAAUUCUGCUCCAGAAACAAGAUGGAUGAUUGUACAAAGACAUGUUGAUUACUGUAUCAGCCUGCAAAUCAAAGUGUCAAACUAUUAAAUAUCUUAAAAUCUG